UAGGUGAUAGGGCUUAUAUUAUAUGACGCUACUAGGUUUUGGUCCGGCGUGAUGCCAUGUUGGAUGAUAGGACAUAGCACAGAACCUCAGUCAUGCUUCAACACCAAGACAGUUUUCUCGCAACCAGGGCCAGUACGCCUCGCCAGCCCACCGCGAGAGGCGCUAUUAGCACUAUACAGCCUUAUACGGGCCCAUAACACCAGAGGAAGACCCAAAAUGGCUUCUCAAGCCAUAGAACCGUCUUGUGUUCCUCUCUCGUUGCAGUACCGAGGCCCCAGUCGUCCUUGAAUGACGACGCCUGGUAGAAAGGGCACCCACCACAGCAGUUGACAAGAUGCUGCAGAAAUCGCCACUAUGCCGAGUGCCAUGUCCCUAACUGUAGCUACACUUUCUCCGACUGGGCUCUGGCCCGGCUCCGGUUUGGAUGCUGAUGGCGAUGGGUUGCUUGCGACAAGGUUGAAGUUCACUAUAGUUGAUCACCUGUCACUGCAGAGAGCAGCGAAGCGUCUAAAUGGCAUCAGAAGCAACCUGAUCGGCGGCGGGAUUUAAGUACACGAAAAAAAAUCCACUAUCUUGGCUUGCGAUGUUGUGGGAAGAUGCUCCUGAGUGAUGUUUGCUGUUGUGCAUGGCGCGAAACUAACAGGUUGAUUCGUUCGCGUAGGCCGUAGAUUGCCCAGUACAAGAGAUGGUAGUGGUCCAUCAUGUUCUAUCCUGACUUGCUCUGCCUCGAUACUUAGCAUCCUGCGGCCUCCUAAACAAGACGGGUUGCCUCGUGGGUCGGGGAGUUGGUUCCAGUUGAUGGCAAUCUACCACAGGAACAAACAUGUGAUCCAUAAGGACGCGGAAUCUGCCAUGUCUCUUUGCCUCUUCUCUGAUCUCGGCUCGCAAAUCGCUCUUCAAGAUAACAACUCGACUGCCGCUACAGUUCCGCAGCUCCUGCAGCAAGUCGCAGAGGGCGGGCGGUAGGGAUGGGUCUGCCAAGGAAUGGUUUCGCUGCUUGACGCCGUCGGGGCAGGGUUCCAGGCUGGAAACCUGUUGGGAUGGCGAGUACCGGACCGAGGCUAAUGAUUGUGUGUCUGAAGCGGUCGGGGUCGGGUCCGGCGC